GCCCCGGUCCCAAGAUUCCUGCGAGCCUCCACGGCUUCAUUCAGCAGGCGGUGCAAAAGGCCAUUCAGGAUGCCAUUGCCGGCUUCGACAUCGCCUCUCUGCUGGGUGGUGCUGCCGCCCCGAAAGCCCGGCUCAAAAAGGCGGCCUCCAACCUUGCACGCGCCGGCGGCUCGCAAGCUCGAGCUAGCCCAACCCGACAGGUCACCUUAGGCAAAGGGACCGGCAAGGCACAGCCGACCAACCAGCCCAAGGCCGAGGAUCAGUGGACCACUGUGCAGCGCCGCAAGCCUGAUAAACCCGAGGCCCAGUGGAAGCUCCGAGCUACCGACUGGGAUGCCAAGGUUUACAUGUACCAUGAGGUUGCCGAGGCGCUUCAGAGUUUGCCGGGCGGCGGGUCCUUUAAGGCGGUUGUCUUGUGUGAGUCUCAGGACCAGCUCGAUACCAUCGCUGGGCUGCUCAAGCACUCGGGCACCCAACAUGCUGUUCGCUUGGUGGUUGUUGCUGCCAAGGCCUCCGAGGGCGAGCGUUGCCCGGGUGAAGUGGGCUCGCAAAGGGCCUUCCGCCAUGUGCAUUUCAGCAAGAUUUUCACUGCGGGCCUUCAGGUGCCCGGGCCGGCGGUCACCGGGGCUGCCCUUAAGCCUGUUGCCGAAACCCCCACCAUGAUCUUGUAUGUCCGCUUUCAUAAGCAGUUCAUGCUCAAGGCCAAGUGGGAGGAUGCCCUUCGUGCCCCACAGGCCGCCUUUCACUUGUGGGUGGCCACUCACGGCCUUCGGGUGCGGGACUCCUUUGCCUGGUCCAAAGAACGCCAAAACCAAGAAGUCUCUUCGGUGUUUGGGCUCGCGAGGGUCGAUGUCGCUGAUGCACAGGCCAUCGUCGCUUUGAGCGGUCAAGGCCUCUUCGUUGACCCUUCGAAACGGUCGGGGUUCCCUGACUACACUACCGAGUGGAUCGACAAGCUCCCGAAAGAACAGCCCCUGGACUACCUUGCUAGGGCCGGUGCUCUAGGAGCUCAGUUUGGCCUGGUGUGUGGCACUCGCAGCCUGGGGCGCCGUACGGCGGAGAACGGAGCCGAGGGCCAGACGCUCUGGUGCCGAUGGGCGCCGCCGGCACGCACCGUGCAACGCCAGGCGAUUCACACUUCGGGUUCGUGGUCGCUUGUUCGCCCUGCCGAUCCCUUUGCGAAGUCUGAGACCACAGCGCAGCCUAAGACCGAUAAGCCCGAGGAGCCCCAAGGCACCACUAGCCCGGCUGACGUCGAGAUGGCCCCCGCGGGCCAGGCCCAGGCACAGGCACAGGUUGGCGAUAAGCAGCGGGCCCCCGAUGAUUCCGCCCCUCCUGCUAAGAGGCGUCAGGCUGAGCAACGGGCCAUCCCGCCAGGCCUUGUGCUGCAUGAGAUUCCCAAGGAAGGCAAUUGUCUUUUCGAGGCAUUCGCCAAAGGCUUGGCUGCCACCACUGGCAAAGAACAGCUUCACCACCUGUUGGUGCGAGCUGAGUUGAUCCAGCACUUCGUCAAGAACCGCUCGGUCUACGAGGCCCAGUGGGAUAAGGAGCUACCAAACGGAAGCCAAGGCGAGAGCUUUGAAUUGUACAUCGAGGAAAUGGCCAAACCAAAGGUUUGGGGCGGCCUGCUUGAAAUCCGGGCCCUGGCCAGGAUGCACAACGUGCGCAUCACCGUCGUGCCCCGGGCUUUGUCCGAGCAAGUUUUCACUGUGAAGCCGGGACAGAAGCAAAGGCAUGUCGUGCUGCUCUUCUCCGGCAGCCACUUUGAUACUUUACUUCCGGUGGAAGGGAAGGACUUCCCGCAGCAAAUCCGUGAUGUUGUGACAGAGCCUCCCAAAAUCCCGAUGAGGGGAGGAGGGGCCAGCAGCAGGCACACUGUGUGGACAGAUGGCUCUGAGGGGGGCGGGCCGAGCGCUCGCACCGUUCCGCGCCAGAGCGUAGGCCGCAAACGUAAGCUUGAGCCUGUGCUGGCUUGUUCCGGUUCUAAGGGCAGCGCCCGGCGCUCCUCGGGCACACGUCAGCCUCCCUCUAGGGUUACCAAGUGGACGGUCGCGCCGCCGAUCCCGCCAGAAGGCGUCCAUGAUGGUGCCAGUCGGCACGCCGAUGAGGAUGCAGCUGCGCAAGCUCGGGCUGAGGAUCACCUGGAGGCGAUGGUGCAGGAAUGCGCUACCGGUCCAAAGCGCAAGACAGGUUUGCUACCGCUGACCCG